AUGGCGGACGCUGUCAUAGUGGGAUAUUUGUUCACAUUUUUAUUAAUAAACGCUUGCCAUGCUGGUUUGCCAGAUUUUGACAAUUCUGACCCUGAUGGCUCCCCAAGCACCCAGUCUGACAAUCGUCUUAUGGAUGACCCAUUCUCCAUUGAAAAGAUGAUGGUACAACAUCCGAGGAGAAGGAAAUUUCAAAAAAGGUAUAAGUGUCACCAGUGCGAGCCUCCGGACUGCGGAUCGGCGGAGCCUCCCGCCGUCUGCGGCGAUGCCCUCUACUGCUUCAAGUCCUCGGUGAGGGCCUCCGAUGGCACCCUGAGACAUUCGCGCGGUUGCUCCACAAGGCGCGACCACGCCCAGUUCACCUGCCGCACCAACCAGCCGCCUUUGGGGCUGCGCAAGCGGCACGCCGGCCAGCUGAACAUCACGUGCUGCCGUGGAGAUUUGUGCAACGAGGGCGCGUUCCCCGAGCUGCCGCCGGCCGAGGAGGCGGCCGUGGAGCCGGUGCCGGGGCGCGCGUGGCGCCUCUGGGCGAGCGUGGCGGCGGCCGCGCUGGCCGUGGCCGCGGCGGCCGCCAUCGCGGUCUUCGUGCUGCGCAGGAGCCACAGGCUGCGGGUAUCCAGGGCAGCACUCCACAAGUUGGGACCAGACUCCAAUUAUUUUUCUAGCAAUAUAUACGGCCCCCACGUGACGAGCGCAUGCUAUGAAGGCCUCGAAGGUUCACAAAAUGGUGGUGGGCUGAAAGCGGUCGCGGCCGGGGACUCGACCUUAAGGGAAUAUCUAGAGUGCUCAGUGACCAGCGGCUCGGGCUCCGGACUCCCCCUGAUGGUUCAAAGGACAUUGGCCAAACAAGUCACUCUCAUCGAAUGCGUUGGAAAGGGCCGGUACGGCGAGGUGUGGCGCGGCUCGUGGUGCGCGGACAGCGUGGCGGUGAAGAUCUUCUUCUCCAGGGACGAGGCCUCGUGGCGGCGGGAGACCGAGGUGUACAGCACCGUCCUGCUGCGCCACGACAACAUUCUCGCCUACAUCGGCAGCGACAUGACCAGCCGCAACAGUUGCACGCAGCUGUGGCUGAUCACGCACUUCCACCCUCUGGGUUCUCUAUACGAGCACCUCAACCGGACAACCCUCACCAGGCACCAGAUGAUGGUCAUCUGUCUAUCGACCGUUAAUGGUCUCCUGCAUCUGCACACAGACAUACAUGGCACACAGGGCAAGCCGGCCAUCGCUCACCGGGACAUCAAGAGCAAGAACAUCCUGGUGAAGGCCAACGGGGAGUGCUGCAUAGCCGACUUCGGCCUGGCGGUGACCAGGCAGCACGUGCAGUGCCAGCGGCCGCUCAACCCCCGCCAGGGCACCAAGCGCUACAUGAGCCCAGAGAUGCUCGAUCAAAGCAUGAACCUGCAGUGUUUCGACGCGUACCGCAAGUGCGACGUGUACGCGCUGGCGCUGGUGCUGUGGGAGGUGGCGUGCGCCGCUUCCAGGUCGAGGAGGGACUACCGCCCCCCCUACCACGACUUGGCCCCUUCGGACCCUGGCUUCGAGGACAUGCGCAAGGUGGUCUGCGUGGACGGGGCACGUCCGGACCCACCGCCGGACGACCACCCGACUAUGAUCGGUAUGGCAAAACUCAUGCAGGAGUGUUGGCACCAAAACGCUUCCGUGCGCCUCCCAGCGCUCCGGAUAAAGAAAACUCUGCUGAAACUGGCCGCAAACGACAACUCCAUACAUCUGAAUGAAGACAAUGAGGUCUCCGUC